CCAUGUGUCCUUAACCCCGCCUCUGAAUCUAGACUAAGGCAAAGGCCUCAUGUGGGCCUGGUGACGGCUCUGUUUACCUAGCCACACAGCCUAACCUGGGCCUAUCCCAGUCCAUGUGAGUCAGCUGAGCAAGGGGCAGGCACCACCCUUCCUGGAACAGGAAUCCAGCUGGGACACGGGCCACCAGCACAUCCCAGGAGACUCUACAGUGACUGGAGCCGGAUUCAGAGCAUCUGGCCAGCAGGGUGCUCAGAGGAGCAGUUAUGUCUGUCCUGUACCCAUCUCUGGAGGACCUGAAGGUGGGCCAAGUCAUCCAGGCCCAAACCAGAGCCUCACCCAGGUUGUCUACUCCAUCGGCCCCAAUGGCUUCUGCACCCCCACUUUCAGAGUUGUAUCCAAACUUGGCAGAAUUGGAGAGUUACAUGGGGCUGUCCCUCUCUAGCCAAGAAGUCCAGAAGAGCCUGCCUCAGAUUCCAGAUGGUGACAAUAUGGUGGUCAUUAGCCCUGGUCCUGGCCAGGUGGUAGCACCAGUCUCUGGGAACAACCUGGGUGUGUUACGUGCAGAGAUCAAGCCUGGGGUGCGUGAGAUCCACCUGUGCAAGGACGAGCGUGGCAAGACGGGACUGCGCCUGCAGGCUGUUGACAAGGGGCUCUUUGUGCAGCUGGUCCAGGCCAACACGCCUGCAUCCCUCGUGGGGUUGCGCUUUGGGGACCAGAUCCUGCAGAUUGAUGGGUGUGACUGUGCUGGGUGGAGCACAUUCAAAGCUCACAAAGCUUUGAAGAAGGCAUCAGCAGAGAAGAUCACCAUGAUUGUUCGUGACAGGCCAUUCCAGCGGACUGUCACUAUGCACAAGGACAGCUCAGGCCAAGUUGGCUUUUUCAUUAAGAAGGGGAAGAUUGUGUCUGUGGUAAAGGGAAGCUCUGCAGCCCGUAACGGACUUCUCACCAACCAUUACGUGUGUGAGGUGAACGGACAGAACGUCAUUGGGCUAAAGGACAAAAAGAUUACAGAGAUCCUGACCACAGCUGGAAACAUCAUCACACUGACCCUCAUCCCCACUGUGAUCUAUGAGCAUAUGAUCAAAAAGUUGUCCCCAUUGCUGCUCCACCACACCAUGGACCACUCCAUUCCAGACAUCUGAAGUCACAGGGCAGCCCAGGCCUCCUGCCAUCCUGCAGCGAACACAGCAAUACUCCGAUGACAGGCUGCAGCUGGCUUGCUGCUUGGGCCUGGGUAUUGCAGGGGUGUGUCCCAGGUGGAUGCAUCUUGAAUGAGUCUGUCAUGUCUAUUUUAAGGCUUUCUUGGGUCCUGACCCCUAGCUAUUUAUACUGAGGUACGGGUGGGACUCAGGCACGUGGUGCUCUGCACCCUAGAUGCUGGGCACUUAGGCAGAAUAGCAGAACAUCACCAAGUGCAGCUGGGUCCCUUUGUAGACUUUUGCCUCCUGACUUGACAGAGGAAUUCCUGUGUGUUCUUUGCUUUCAUUGAUCUUUGUCAUGGAUUGUGCAUCGAUUACUUGUGUAACCUUUUACUGUCUUUUGAAUAAAGAGUGGAUUUUAAACACA